AUGCGCCCACUUGAGGGUAAGCAGAGGGGCAGCAGCCCCUCUUUUGUGGGGGGAGAAAUGAAGUCAGGAACCUCCCAUCUGCCUCACCUUCUGACCCAGAUGUGCUCUUGACCACCCAUCCAUACACACAAGGGAGUUUGGUGUCUAUUUGGGUGGAAAACUCAGGCAGGGAUCCCCUUUGGGUGACCUGGUUGGCCACUGCAAGAACAGGAAGCUGGACUAGGUGGGCCAUUGGCCUGAUCCAGCAGGCCCUUCUUAGCUUCUUACAUUCUCCUUUCAUCCCCAGCCCAGCCCGGCUCCUGCCCCAGGCUGAGCCCCCAGCCAGACCAGGCUGCGAACUGCUCAACGACUUGCAACAACGACCAGGACUGUGGCUCAGGACUCUACUUGCCAGUCCAGAAGUGCUGCAGCAACGGGUGUGGACAGACUUGCCAGGUGGCUGAAGAAGGUAUUUCUUGGGUGGGGAAAGAGAUGGGGACCUGAUUAGGGAAGGGAGCAGAUGGGUGCUUGUGGAUGGGAGAACCAGUGUUAAAUUCUGCCCAGGAAGAGAUGCUGGGGCUCAAGCCCACUUGGCUGCCGCUCACGCAGUCUCCACUCCCUAAUGCCAAGCUGUAUGGUGGAGGCUGCCAGUUGCAGGAGCAUAACAGGGGGAAAUGAACUCUGCACAUGCUCAGAUGUUUCCCUCUUUCAGUGAUUUCCUCACAUGUUCCAGGAGUGAGUCCUGGCAUACCAAACACAAUUCCAGGGCUUUUCUUGGUGGCGUGGGCCACCUAGCGCAUUUCAGAAAUAUCCAGAGAUAUGCAUAUGAAGCUGUAAACACAGGAGUUCAUUAGGAGAAAGGAUGUCUUCACACAGCAGCGCAUAGUUGAACUAUGGAACUCGCUCCCACAGGAGGCGAUGGCGGCCACCAACCUGGGACUCAGCUAUACAGCUGCAAAUAAAACGUUUUCAGUGUGUUGUAAAGUGCAGUAUACAAAUGUAACACUAGGUGGUGAUGGUGAGCUAUGGCAAAUUCCACAUAUUUUUCAAAACUGUUUUUCAAAAAGCACUUUCACAACCUUUCUUAUACGUGUCUGGAUUCCACACUAGAUGGCUUUAAAAGGCAGGUUCGCAGAGGAGGAGAGGGUUCUCAGUGACUUCUAGUAGGAUGGCUCUGUUUGCCUCCACGGUUGGCGGCAACAAUGCUUCUGAAUGCUGCUGGAAACCCCAUGAGGGCAGAGGGCUGUUGUGCUUGGGUCCUUCUUGUGGGCUUCCCAUUGAAGCGUCCAGUUGGCCCCUGGAGAAAAUGGGCCAUUGGCCUGACCCAGAAGGCUCUUCUUGUGUUUUUAUGGAGUGGGUGGGUGAGCAGGGAAAGUCAGAGAACCUGGACUUAAGGGGGGUGAUGUUGCACAGCCCAGCAUGGAGGGACUUAGUAGGGCCAUCCAUGGGCUUUCCUGUCCAGAGGUAAAGCUGGACACAUGCCUCUGUCAAGUAGGAAGGGCUACAAAGGGUCAUCUAGUUAGCUCCCGCUUGGACUACUGCAAUGCGCUCUACGUGGGGCUACCUUUGAAGGUGACCCGGAAACUGCAACUAAUCCAGAAUGCGGCACCUAGACUGGUGACUGGGAGCAGCUGCCGAGACCAUAUAACACUGGUCUUGAAAGACCUACAUUGGCUCCCAGUACGUUUCCGAGUACAAUUAAAGGUGUUGGUCCUGACCUUUAAAGACCUAAACGGCCUCGGUUCAGUAUACCUGAAGGAGCGUCUCCACCCCCAUCAUCCAGCCCAGACACUGAGGUCCAGCGCUGAGGGCCUUCUUGCGGUUCCCUCCCUGUGAGAAGCCAGGUUACAGGGAACCAGGCAGAGGGCCUUCUCGGUGGUGGCGCCUGCCCUGUGGAACACCCUCCAGAUGUGAAGGAAAUAAGCAGCUAUCUUAUCUUUAAAAGACAUCUGAAGGCAGCCCUGUUUAGGGAAGUUUUUAAUAUUUAAUGCUGUAUUGUUUUUAACACUCGAUUGGGAGCCGCCCAGAGUGGCUGGGGAAACUCAGCCAGAUGGGCGGGGUAUAAAUAAAUUAAACCUGGCAAACUUUUGGCCUGGCAAUUAAAGAAGAAAAAGGAAGGUAGAAUUAUCAAUAAAAUUAAAAUUGAAGACAAGUGGAUUCAAGAACCGAAGGAAAUUAGUAAAAGCUUUGCUAGUCUUUUUGGAAAACUAUAUAAAGAAGGUCCAGAGACUCUAGAAAAAAUAAUUGAUUAUUUGGGCAAAAAUAAACUACCAAUAAUGCCUAAGGAAAAAACUGAAAUCUUGAACUCACCAAUAACAGCUAUGGAGGUGCAACAAGCUAUGCAGAGAUCAAAAGUAGGAAAGACACCAGGCCCAGAUGGUCUCCCAGCUAAUUACUAUAAAAAGUUAGAACAAGCAUUAUUUCUUCCCAUGAAAGACCUAAUGAAUAAUAUUUUGGCAAAUGGAAAGCUACCGAAAACCUGGAAGGACAGCUUUAUUACUCUUAUCCACAAACAGGGAACAGAUGCCUCAAACAUGGCCAAUUAUAGACCCAUUGCACUGCUAAACAACGAUUACAAGAUAUUCGCAGACAUUCUUGCAAAUAGAUUAAAAAUGGUGCUGAAAGAGAUAAUUCAUAAAGAUCAAACUGGAUUUCUUCCCGGACGAUUUAUGCAAUCCAAUAUUAGAUGUGUGAUUAAUGUAUUAGAAUAUUUGGAUAUUAAAAUUGAUAAACCAGCAGCUAUUAUGUUGGUGGAUGCUGAAAAAGCUUUUGAUAAUGUGUCCUGGAAGUUUAUGAAAAAUGGGACUGGGAGAAAAUAUUUGUAAAGGAAUAAAUGCCAUCUAUUUGGAACAAUAUGCAAAAUUGAUCAUCAAUGGAAGAAUUACUGAGGAGUGCAAAAUAAACAAGGGAACCAGACAGGGCUGCCCACUGUCACCACUGAUAUUUAUCUUGGUGAUGGAAGUCUUGAACAAUCAGAUAAGAAGGGAUCAGCUUGUUAAAGGCAUCACUCUGGGAAACAAAACAUAUAAAAUUAAAGCCUUCGCGGACGAUCUACUUGUUAUGACUGAAAACCCUAAAGAAAGUCUGAAAAGAGUGCUGGAAUUGAUUAAAGAAUUUGGAGAAGUGGCAGGCUUCAAGCUGAAUAUAACAAAAACAAAAAUGCUUGUUAAAAAUGUAACCACAGAAGAAAAGGACGAUUUAGAAAAAAUAUUGGGCCUGAAAAUCUCCUCAAAAGCGAAAUACCUGGGUAUUUGGAUCACCCCCAAGAACAUAAACUUAUUUCAGGAUAAUUACACCAAAACUUGGUUGGAGAUUAGAAAAACUUUGUAACCUGGAGUAAACUAAAAUUAACAUUUCUGGGUAGGAUUUCCAUUAUAAAGAUGAAUGUACUUCCAAAAUUAAUCUUUUUAUUUCAAAUGAUUCCAAUACUGGGCGAAGCAGGUUGUCUCAAGAUAUGGCAAAGAGAAAUUUCCAAAUUCCUGUGGGAAGGGAAGAAACCUAGGAUUAAACACCUGAUCUUAAUAGACAUAAAAGAGAGAGGAGGCUUUUCCCUACCCGACCUAAAACUUUACUACGAGGCAGCCUGUUUCACCUGGCUAAAAGAUUGGUGCACGUUGCAGGAUUCGGACCUCCUCGACCUGGAAGAUUUUGACAACCGUUGGGGAUGGCACGCCUACCUAAUAUAUGGAAAAGCGAAAAUUCAUAAAAACUUUACCAACCAUAUAAUAAGAAAGUCACUCUUUGCUGUAUGGGAAAAAUAUAAAGACCUGAUGGAGCCUAAAGUCCCGUGGUGGACUUCUCCAGUAGAAGCCAUAGCAGUAAAACGGAAAAAUACUCAGGAAAGCUGGCCAACAUAUAAAAUACUUCUAAAAAUGAAGAUAACCAAAUAAAAUUAAAAACUUUGAGGAAAUAAGAGACCACAUUUCAGACUGGUUCCAAUACCAUCAGUUAUUUGAAAAAUUUAAAUCUGACAAACAAAAGGGGUUCUCAACAGAAAUUUCCCGAUUCGAAUCUGAUCUUCUAAAUUCUAAAAGAAAAACUCUUUUCAAAACUUACCGACUCCUCUUGACUGGACAGUCAAGGAGGAGGAGGUAACAGUGGCAAUGGUGAGGUGGUCCCAGGAUUUUGGCCACUCAAUAACCAUGGCCCAAUGGGAAAAUUUAUGGAAGAUCAAUUGGAAAUUCACAAAUUGUUACACGAUUAGAGAGAACUUUCAAAAAUGCAACAUCGAUGGUAUCUUACACCAUGGAAGCUUUCAAAAAUGUAUAAAAAUGUAUCAAGUAAUUGUUGGAGAUGCGGAGACUCAGGAACAUUCUACCAUAUGUGGUGGAUAUGUAGGAAAAUACAGGUAUUCUGGGAGAGUAUACAUGCAGAACUGCAAAAAAUGCUAAAGAUCUCUUUCAAUAAAAAACCAGAGGCCUACCUCCUGGGAAUAACAGAUUUGGAUAUUCCACAAAAGAGGAAGGGUAUCUUUUUAUAUGCGACGGCGGCAGCAAGAGUUUUGAUCACAGCAAAAUGGAAGAGUAAUGAAAUCCCCUCUAUACAAGAUUGGAUCCAAAAGCUGACAGAAUAUGUUGAAUUAGAUGGUUUAUCAGAAAAAUAAAAAUAAAUCAAAACAGGAAUUUGUUUCUAAAUGGGAGGUUUUUAAAGAAUAUCUGAAAAAUAAAUAUAGUAGUUUAAAUUCUGUUGCAGCAUUCGAGGAACUUCAGUAAUAGUUGCAAGGUAGAUAUAAGAAAUUAGAUUUAAUGAGAAUAAGUUUAAUUAUGAAAAAAAAGUGUAUUGGCAAUAAUUAUUAUGAAUUUGAAGUAUGGAAUAGACGGGAGGUUGGGUCUUUAGUGUUAAGACCAAUAGAUGUGUUAUUGUUUGCUAAGAAUAUUAAGUGUCUAUGGUUAUUUUUGUAAUUUGUGUGUAAUUCGGUAUUUGUGUUUUUGUUUGUUUGUUUUUCUUGUUGUAUAAAUAAAAAACUUAAAAAAAUAAAAAUAAAUUAUUAUUAUUAUUAUUAUUAUUAUUAUUAGUCCCACCCCCAAUCUCCCCAUCUCUUUUUUUCCAGAGCACCCUGGUGUGUGCCCAAAAGUGGAACUUGUGCGCACCUUUGCCCCCUGCAAUGACACCUGCAGAGACGACCGAGAGUGCCCUCUCACCCAGAAGUGCUGCUUCACCGGGUGCAGCCGGGGCUGCAUGGACUCAGGUACUGGCAAAGCCCCUGACCCCUUCUCCCCCCACCCUCUCUUCUCAGGGCAACUGGUGGAGGCAGCAGCCACAGUGCCAACUUAAGUGCCCUGGAGCCUGAGAAGCUCCCCUCAUGGACCUCCAUUCAUUCUGCCUCCAACAGUUCGCAGUGACAGAUGCCAGUUGCCGCCUGAAGAUGGAAUAUGCAGCGCACACUUGAUACGUUACUACUACAACCCGUCACAGAAGAAGUGCAACCAGUUCAUCUACGGUGGCUGCUUGGGCAACCGCAACAUGUUUGAGACAAAGGAGGCCUGCGAGGAAGCCUGCGGGGAAAUCAGCCCAGGUACUGAGAGUGGGACUCACCAGAAAUUCAUUUUAUUGGCUUCGUUGAUGAUGUUUAUCGCUCACCUUCAUUUCCAUGGAGCUCACGGCUGCAUGCGUCGUUCUUUCCCUUCCUCAUUUAAUCCCCACAACAACACUGUGAGGGAGGCUAAGAGAGGAAGCCACUGGCCCAAGUCACCCACUGAGAUUCGUCAUGUUUUGAAAUUGAGGUUUUUCGGGAUUGGUGUGUUUAUGCAGACCUCGGAAGGAGAGCUUUGGGCGGGAGCUUUGGCAAAGGGUUGAGAGGCAAGAGGGCUCCAGAGAUCUGAACCAGCUGCCACAAGCAGGUCCCUCAAAUUCAGUCCCUGAGCUGGACUCGCCCAAAUAGCCCAAGGCACAAUUCCUCUCUGCCUGGAAAGAAAAGGCUCCAUGACUCCUUCCCCCUUUAUGUUUUGUUUUUUUUUAAAAUAAUUUUUAUUAACAGGCCAAUCACAUCACAUUAUUCAAAUCACAUUAGUUCCAAAUUAUACAGCCAAAUUUUAAAUUUUGUUGAGGGUACCCAUACAUCAAGCUCCGCACGAGUCCAAAAUUCCGGAUAACUCCAGGCAUCACUUAUUUUACUGCUUUAAUUAGACAGUUCUAUCCAGUUCGAUCCGGAUAGUCCUUUAUUACUUUCUUUCUCUUCUUGUUGUUAUCAUAUAUUCCUUUCUUUGCGAUCUCUGAUGAUUUUCACAAGCAGGUUGAAAACUGGCGUCUCUGUGUGGGUUUUAUACUCUUCAAAGACCAUAUUGCUCAGGGGCAGCCUCUGUUCAAUGCUUCCAUAAACAAAAUUAAUCUCCGGUCUGUCCUUUAUUUUUUCUCAGGCUAGCCAAAUAAAUCAAAUAGAUCAGGGGGCUCUGUCAGGUCAAACUUGCAUUCCAACAUUCCUUCUCUUUCGAACGAUCCUGAUUCUCCUCCCCCUGUUCUUCUUUCUCCGGCAAGCCUGUCUUGGCGAGACGCCAUUUUUUAACUGCAUCAUAAAAAUUUUCCUCUUUCUCACCGUUCACCAAUCUUCUCUCCUGUUGUAAUCCAUCCCACACAGUUCUUAAAAUCCUGCUUAUGAUUAAUAAAAAUGUGACGAUCUUAUUUCUUUCUGGGGUGAAGGGUUAUUAAUAUCACAUCGUGCAAAGAAAAAAAAGAGUUUUUUCCUCCACCCCCCCUUCAUUCCAAACAUACAGUCUCCUAGUGGUGAUUCAUCAGAAGAUUUACUUAUCCAUCCGUCACUCCCGGUCACAGAGAUCCAUUAAUCAGCAGUCUUAUCUGUCGAGCUUUACUUGAUGUAUGUGCUUCAGCUUCAUUUCCAAUCGUAUGUUUCCAAUUAUAAUUCCGAGCUGAAGCAACCAGCACGCGCUAAUUGGAAUCGGCGUCAGGAAGAUCUGACUUCACCGAGGGCUCGUGCCAAGUGUUUGGCACCCCCAUCUCUCGGAUCAGGGGGUGCAUUGUGAACACCGCUGGCAAGGCAGUGCCCCCCCACCUCCAGGGGGGGUGGGAAGGCUGCAUACUUCCCAUAGCAGCCCCUUAAUUACCUCGUAUGGGUCAGAGAGAUGUUAUUGUCGGCCAUCUUCCAACGCGCCACCUGGUGGCCCCUGACUCCUUCCCCCUUUAUGGAGGGGCUUUGCAUUAUUCCUACGGAGGAAUGCAUGCAGGGAACAUGAAGUUGGAAUUAAAAACUCUUGACACCUUCCUGCCCUAAGAAAAACCUCUCUGCUUCCUCUUUCUCCCCCUUCUGUGGCCUCAGAGGUCUGCAAGCUGCCAAAGGACCCUGGCCCGUGUCUGGGUUAUUCACAAUUUUACUACUACAACUCAACCACCAGGAAGUGCGAGAUAUUCAUCUAUGGGCUCUGCGGGGGGAAUGGCAAUCGGUUUCGUACCAUGCUAGAGUGCAUGAUGGUUUGCGGGAACUUAGGUAAGAUUCAUUCUCUCUGUGUGUGUGUGUGUGUGUGUGUGGUGGGCAGGGAGCAAACUGUGGGGCUCCACAGGAGUCUAUCUCAGCUGGGCUGCUGGCACCAUCCUGUCCUAUGCACGGACGAACUUAAGGAUGGUGGAUCUCCCCCUUAUCACAAUGGAGGAAGGGGCUUGAGGAGCUUCAAGAGGAGCCAGAUCUGAAGCACAUGGGAUGGGGGACAUCUGGCUUGACCGCAGUACAUGUGAAAAGGAAACGGGGCCCUAAUAGACCACAAGCUCAGCAUGAGUCAAAAGUGUGCAACAGCAAAGAAAGCUCAUGCAAUCCUAGGCUGCCUCACCAGAAGUCUAUUGUCCAGAUCAAGGGAAGUCAUAGUAUUGCUCUAGGCUUACCUGGAGUUGUGUGUUGAGUUCUGGGCACCUCAGUUUCAGAAGGAUAGUGACAAGCUGGAAGGUGUGCAGAGGAAGGCGGCCAAGAUGAUCGAGGGUCUGCAAACCAAGCCUCAUGAGAAACAGUUGGGGGAGUUGGGAAUGUUUAGCCUGGGAAAGGGGAGACUGAGAGGAAAUAUGACAGACAUCUUCAAAAACCUAAAAGGUUGUCACAUGGGGGAUGGAGCAAGCCUGUUUUCUCCUGCUCUUGAGGAUAUGACUCAUAGCUGUCAACGUUUCCCUUUUUUAAGGGAAAUUCCCUUGUUCCAAAUAGGAUUCCUUGCAAGAAAAGGGAAAAGUUGACAGCUAUGGUAGGACUCCAACCAAUGUCUGCAACUUACAGGAAAGGCAAUUACAACUAAACAUCAGGAAGAACCUUCUGAAAGUAAGAGUCAUUCAACAGUGGAAGAUGGCGAACUUUCCUUCCUUGGAGGUUUAUAAGCAGAGGUUGGAUGACCAUCUGUCAAGGAUGCUUUAAAUGAGAUUCCUUCUUGCAGGGGGUUGGACUAGACCCUUGGGGGUCCAUUUCAACUCUACAAUUCUAUUAUUCUAUCAUUGCUGCUGCCUGCCCUAAGGGGGUUGGACUAGAUGACCCUUGGGGGUCCAUUUCAACUCUACAAUUCUAUUAUUCUAUCAUUGCUGCUGCCUGUCCUAAGGGGCACAUGCCCAAUUACUUGGCUGACUCUUUUUCUUUUCUUCCCCCAGAAAACCCCACUAAGGAGGACUGA